UAUAUUUGAAGAAAUGUUUUGAAUUCAAUAAAAAAGAUGGAAGGCAAAAACUAAAAGUUUCAAGGCAACAUGUUGAAAGGCAAAUAGUAUAUCGAUAAUCUUGUCUUGAUAUAUGACCAAGACCUAGGACAAUGCAGAGAUCAAGGACUAAAAACUCUGGUUAAGAUGACAACAACUUUGUAAAAAAAAUAGUUUGAGUUACUUUCACAACAAAUUUGCAUCUUGCAAUGCAUUUUUAUUGAAUCAUUUAGCUUAUAUGCAUACGCUUAUUUUAAAAAUAGUUGAAAAUAGGCACCAUUUUUUAUACAAAACCAAAUAAAUGUUCCGGAACAUUUAUUUGUUCUGGGUUGUCAGGACGGUACAAAAGUUCCUCAAAUGUUCCUUGAAUUUUUGUUCCAUUUGCAUUCACACGAGAGGAUAUUUGUUCAUGAUCCAUGGAAUGUUCCAUCAAAUGUACCCUCGUGUGAACAGCCUAUUACAGAGUUCGAUCCAGUUAACUUGGUUACAAAAAAGCCUCAAACUGUUGUGCUGAUGUUACAGUCUCCUGAAGAAAAUGUACUUCUUGUUGCAUGUGAAACACUUUACAAGUUUGCAGAAAAAUCUAUUGAAAAUAAGAUACAACUGUUAUCGCUAGGAGCGAUUGAGCAUACUGUAAAACUUUUAAACCAUGAGAGCAAGAUGGUGAAAAAAAAUGCGGCUAUGUGCAUUAGCUCAUUAGCAUCUCAAGUGUCAAUACGUCUUGUAUUGCAAAAUUUUGGUUGUGUUGAAAGUUUACUCAAACUUCUUCAUCCUGGUGAGGAAGUAGCAUGUCAUGAAUUUUCUACACUGUCGUUAUCAUUUUUUGCAGAGGAUUAUGUCAGUAAAGCUGAAAUAUUUGAAAAAAAUGGAUUUCCUUUGGUCAUUGCUCUUCUACAGUCACCUGACUGCGAUGUUCAGAGAAAUGCAGUACGUAUUGUUGAACUUAUGUUGGAUGAUUGCAGAAAUAUAACACUGUUGAAUGAGUUAAACGGUGUAGCUCUCCUGUUUAAUCUCCUUAAUUCAGAAUACCCUGUUAUUCAACUACUUGCUUUAGAUGCAUUGUUUAAAUGUUCAAACGAUGUUGAAUGUCAAAAUGCUAUCCGCAAAAUUGAUGGAGUCUCAAAACUUGUAGCUAUUCUUGAAAAUCAAGUAAUGCAUGAUUUACAUUUGUCAUGCUUAAAAUGCUUGACAUUCAUUCUUGAAGAUAUUGAAAGUUUAAAGAUUAUUCAAAACAAUGGAAUUUUUUCAAAAAUUUUAAUGUUUAUCACAAAAGCAAUUAAUAUUCCAGAAAUGCAACAAUACGGGGCAUCUGUGAUAGCUUCAGCAUCUCAAAUAGAUGAAAUUAGAAGACUAUUUGUUUCACAAGAGGUAGAAAAAACUCUUAUUCCACUACUAGCAAAUGAGAAUCAGCAAACUGCUGCUGCUUCAGCUAAAGCACUACUAACCUUAGCAGAAAAUGCUUCUUGUCGAGAUAAAAUUGGAAAGUUAGGUGGUGUUUCUUUGGCUGUUCAGUUUUUAAAAAAUGAAAAUAAAGAUUCAAAAGAAAUAGCAAGCUUGUUGCUAGUUAACCUGACCCACUCCAAUGUUAAUAAUUGUGCAAUUGUUAUGGAAAAUAAUAUAACUGAUAUUUUUAUACAAUACCUUUUAACUGGAAGUUCAAUUCUUCAAUCAAAUAUUGCAAUAUGUUUAUCAAAUCUUGCUUGUAACUUGAACUGGCGAAUUGAUUUUGAACAACAUGGAGUUAUUAAUGGACUUUGUGUAGCUCUUCAGUCAAGUGAUUUCAAUGUGCAAAAAAACUGUUGUAAAGCACUUUCAUUUUACUUAAAUGAUGAAGAAGCAAGAAAAAAGUUAUUUGUAGAAAAUGCUGUUUCAAGAGUAAUUGAACUUCUUCAAUCAAGUAAUCAUGAUGUAUGUCAAAAUGCAUCAUGGGUAAUUAUUAUGUGUACAUUAGAAAAAGACCUUGUUGAAGCAAUUCUUAAGUGUGGUGGGUUAAAACUGUUGCAGAAAAUGAGCUUGUCAUCAAAAACAAAUCCGUUAACACAAACUGCAUUUGAUAAAUUAAUGAAUAGCCACUUAUCCAUGAAAUAUGCCUUAACUGGUAUACUUACUUUUGAGAACAUUAUCAAAGAAACCUUUUUUGAUAUAGGGAAGGUAUCUCCAAACGCCAAUUUUGAAUCAAUUCAGGUUCUCAGCAAUUACCCUGUAGACCAUCGUCGACCAAUCCUUUUGGUAAAUCCUGAAUCGUUUACAAAAAAAAGCGAGGCUCUUAAAGAUUUAGAUAAUCAAGACAUUUGUGUGAAAGAAAUAACGGCAAUACCUACUGACAAUAAUUUGAGCACUUACAUUGAAGAAACUCGCAUUUCUUUUUUAAGUAUUAAUAACACCAAAGAACAAAUAUUUCAACUUGCAAGAUAUGUUUGCCAGAAAAUGGGAGGUCCUGUAGUUAAAGCAGAUAUUGGCAGUUUUUCUUUUGAGUUGCAUAUCAGUGAACUAAAACAAGAACUUCAAUCAAAUGUAAUACCUAUUGGAAUGAUUCAGCGAGGGAUAUAUUACCACCGUGCUCUUUUGUUCAAGGUAUUAGCCGAUCAAUUAUCAUUAGUAUGCUCUUUGAUCCGUGGUGAUUACGGUAUAGCUUGGAAUGAAGUACUUUUAUCAGAUAUAGCUGAGAAUGGUACAGUAGAACUCCCUCCUCGUUUUUUAAUUGUUGACCUAAUGCAUGAGCCAGGUCGUUUAAUGGAACGACAGUCUCGUGAAGCUAUUGUCUAUCAACGGAUAUGAAUUUCUUAAAAAAACAAGUUUUAUAUAUUUACGUUUGAUAAAAGUUGUAUAUUAAAAUUAUAAUAUUUAUGUACAUGCAGUAUACAUAACUGUUUCAUUUAUUUCAUAAAACACCAGCAGCUUUGAAUGUUUAGUAACUAUGCAAGCUUAUUAUUUCUUAUAAAUUUUGUAUUUUUGCAUAAUUUGCUGUAAUAAACUCUUUCACACUCUUUGA